GUAUUAUGUGCGUGCGCGCGCGCGGACAGGUAUUUGAAGGCGGACUCUCACCUGGCUCCGGGACUCCGGGAGCGCGCGGCACGCAUGGCAGCGGUGACGGCGCACGCGAUGGCCAACCUGCCGAGCGGCCUGGAGAUCUGCAGCACCGCGCCGGAGAUCCUCUACCUCCCCGAACUGGUGAGAGUCCUCCUCUUUACCUCCCCGAACUGACAUUCGGUGGCUUGGUAUGGAUCCUGGUGGCUUCAACUCAUGUCCAACCGGUGAACCCUCUGGGCUGGGUGAUGUUCGUCUCUGUGUUCUGUUUCAUCAUGACCUUCCUGUGGCUCAUGAUUUUCGCCUACGGAGCUCACAGUAACAAAGGAAUCUGGGCUACUGUGGACUUUGUGUAUCACCUCCUGGCAGCUCUGUUCUAUCUCAGCGCCUCGGUUCCACUCGCCAGCGUCACAAUCGACAUGAAGAACAGCACCAUUGUCUCUCCAGUGGACAGUUUCAGAUAUUACCGAAUCGAUAUCGCAGCAGUGGUGUUCGCCUAUAUCACCACGCUGUUGUACUUCGUUCACUGCAUUCUCUCUGCCAUCAGAUGGAAAUCCUUCUGAACAAAUGAUGGAACAUGAUGAGAAACGUUCACGCUCUGUCACUGCCCACAUCUGAUCCUUUAACUCCAGAUGAUUGUAGAUCCUCCUGAUCACAGAUGAUAGUUUAAACGAAUCAUUAUUGUUUUUAUUUUCACAUGAAUUAAUUCUGUAUCAUAUCUAACCAAAUAAAAUGGAGAACAUUUUUAUAACAGUA